CUCCCUGCUCCCCGCCUCGGUCCCGCCCCCGCUCCAGGUUUGAAGAUUCGGUCCCGCCACAGUCCGCUGGUCGCAGGUUCCGCCAGCCGCUGAGGACCCGCGGGUUUCCGCCCCAGCGUAGGUUUCUGGAGCAGAGGUGUCAGAGGUGGCAGAACUUGAACUGAGCCUCGAAGGGGAAGACUUUGGCAAAGUGGUAACUGAUACAGAUUGUACAUGGGAUAGGAUUUAGUCUCCCCUUAACGUCUGAAUCAAUGAAGCGAAAAUGGGAAGCAAAAUUGAAGCAAAUUGAAGAACGAGCAUCCUUGUAUGAGAGGAAACCAUUGUCCUCGGUGUACAGACCAAGACUGUCCAAGCCAGAAGAACCACCCUCCAUUUGGAAACUAUUUCAUCGGCAAUCUCAAGCUUUUAAUUUUGUUAAAAGCUGUAAAGAGGAUGUUCAUGUAUUUGCUUUGGAGUGCAAAGUGGGUGAUGGACAACGUAUUUACCUUGUAACAACCUAUACUGAACUUUGGUAUUACUAUAAAUCCCGAAGAAACCUCUUACACUGCUAUGAAGUCAUUCCUGAAAAUGCUGUGUGCAAGCUUUAUUUUGAUUUGGAAUUUAACAAACUUGCCAAUCCAGAAGCUGAUGGAAAAAAGAUGGUUGCAUUACUCAUUGAGCAUGUUUGUAAAGCACUUCAAGAGUUUUAUGGGGUCAAUUGUUCAGCUGAAGAUGUUCUCAACUUGGAUUCUAGCACCAAUGAAAAAUUUAGCCGCCAUUUGAUAUUUCAGCUCCAUGAUGUGGCAUUUAAAGAUAACGUUCAUGUUGGUAAUUUUGUGAAAAAAAUUUUACAGCCUGCUUUUCACUUGCUUGCUGGUGAAGAUGAUGAUAUGAUUCCAGAGACAAUGGACCAUGGAUUUUCCCAUUUUCCUGGAACACAAGUUAAACAAGGAAUUUCCUUGAGUGAAACGUCCACAGAUAAGGAUAUAGGAGAGAGCUGGUCAUUGAAUUCAGAGAAACUGGAGAGGCUGGGUGCAGCUAAGCAAAGCAGUCCUGAUCUUUCAUUUUUAGUUGUGAAGAAUAACACAGGAGAAAAGCAUCUUUUUGUAGAUCUAGGAGUUUAUACAAGGAAUAGAAACUUUCGGCUGUAUAAAUCAUCAAAAAUAGGAAAGUAUGUGGCUUUGGAGGUUGCUGAAGAUAACAGGUUUCGUCCUAUACAAUCGAAGAAUGUUUCCAUGGAAAAUCAGUAUUUCCUUUCUUCUUUGGUCAGCAAUGUCAGAUUCUCAGAUACUUUACGAAUUCUGACAUGCGACAUACCUCAACAAAAACGAUUUGAGUAUUUUAAUAGUACCAAUACUUCAGUAGAAACCAUUGAAGGUUUUCAGUGUUCACCUUACUUUGAAAUUGAUCAGUUUGUUCUCUCUUUGGUGAAUAAAAAUGACAUUAAAGGAGGGAUUCGGCGUUGGAACUACUUUUUCCCAGAAGAAUUACUGGUUUAUGAUAUUUGUAAAUAUCGCUGGUGUGAAAACAUCGGAAGAGCCCACAAGAGUAAUAAUAUCAUGAUUUUGGUUGACCUAAAAAAUGAAGUUUGGUAUCAAAAAUGCCAUGACCCUGUAUGCAAAGCAGAAAACUUCAAAUCUAACUGUUUCCCAUUACCGCCUGAAGUAUGUCUCCUGUCUCUUCUCAAAGAAGAAGAGGAGUUUACAACAGAUGAAACAGCAAACAAGGAAACCAGGAAUCCUUAUGAAGCACCAUCCAGAGCAUUGUCAAAAGGUACAUUUUCUGAUGUUGACUGGGAUAAUAGCAUUGAUGACACUUAUUUUUUGGAGGCUACAGAAGAUGCUGAAUUGGUAGAAGCUGCAGAGAACAGUCUUCUCGGUUAUGAUGGAGUAGAUGAAAUUCCUGAUGAACUAAUUAUAGAAGUAUUACAAGAGUAGCUAAUUAUGGACAUUUAUAUAACCAGGCUAUGAUUUGCUUCAAGAGCGAUUUAAUAACAUAGUAACUUAUUGUUAAAAUGUGUUAUGUAUCAACUAUGUUUUAUCACUUUGCUUCCAAUUUUUUUUUUACUGAAACCAGUUUUAUCAAAAAUUAAUUCAGUGUGCUUAAAUUCAGUACAGAUCUUAUUUGAUCAACAAAGUUGGUCUAUGUUCACAUCAGCUUGAUUCUGCAUGUUUAUAUGUAGGGUAAAACAUGUGUAUGUCUUGGGCUGAUUAGGUAUCAACAUUUUAACUCAUUACUUGAUAUUAACCAGAAAAUUAGGACCUCUAAAACUAACUGUCCUAAUUUUUAGUAACAUUUUUUUCAUUGAAGUAUAAAUGAUUUAUAAUGUUUCUGGUAUACUGCAAAGUGACUGAGUGAUAUAUUUUUUCAUAUUCUUUUCCAUUACGGCUUGUUACAGAUCAGCAAGACCUUACUGUUUAUCCCUUCUGUAUAUAAUUGUUUACAUUUGCUAUUCCCAGUUCAUCCGUCCCCUACUCCCCCUUGGCAAUCACUGAUCUGUUCCUCUGUGAGAGUGACAAAGUAAAAUUAAAUUUUGGUGGUGAAACCAUACAGCCAGCUUGACCAAUGAGACAAGUUUAUUUUUUAAUGUAUCUGAGAAUAUUGCUAUAACAAUAAAAAAAUUUUCAACUGAAAAUUUAGGUUUUUUUCCUCCCAAUUUUCUUUGUGGAAAAAUACGUUGGAAAAAUCCAUUAUCUCCCUUUUUGGUUAUUAAUUAAAAAGUACAGUUUCAGAAGGUAACAGGCAGUAGCUUGAGACUAAUCUUUGUAUGUGUACACUUUAGUAAACUGGUUCAUUUCUGGUCAAGGAGCUUUUCCAAUUGAUAGUUGCUAUUUUGCAGAUGGUUUUCAGUUCCCAAAAGAGGUCUUGCUUUGAAUAGCAGAGCUGGAAGGCUAGAUGAAUCAUACUGUUGAAGGAAAACAACUUUAGAUUAACAAAUAUAAAAAACUUUUAUAACCCUAUCCAUUCAUUGUUAUGUAGCUCUGUGUUACAACCAAAUGCCAGUGUAAUAGAGCUUUCUGUAAAUCACUCUUCCUCUUUUUUUUUGAGAAAACUAGUUUUAAUGUUUCUUUAAGAGAGUUGGUAAGCAAGAUUGCAAAGGAACUGCUUUGCAAAACUUGAGCCAGUCAUCCCAGAAUAUCAGUUGAUUCAAAGAACUGUGGCAUCUGAAUUAUUUAAAACAAAAUCAUUUCUGGGACAGGUCAAGACUUGGUUUGGGCAAGUCAGCUAGAGUUCUGUGGGAUCUGCUUGAUCUCAUACCUAUUUUAAAUACAGAAAAACAGAUGACAGAUUUAUUUAUUGCAAAAACUGAUGGAACAAGAACAUGAGGCCCAUGAAAAUCCAUUAUCUCGUGGGAGAGGGAGGGAUUGGCAUAUAUGCACUAUUACACAUGGGAUGGAUGGUCAACGGGGACCUGCUCUAUAGCACAGGGGACUAACUCUACUCACUAGUCUAUGAGGGAAAAGAAUUUGAAAAAGAAUGGAUAUGUAUAUUUGUGCAACUGAAUCACUUUGAUGUAAAGCAGAAACACUGUAAAACUAUAUAUGUCAAUAAAAUUUUUAAAAAAUUUAA